AUGUCGACCACUGCCUCCACAGGCUCUCCCACCUUCCGCCGCACUGGUACCAACAGAAGUAUCUCCCAAGAGAACGCCAACAUUGAGGACGCCAAGUUGGGCAGUAGAUCUGUAAGUUCAAUUCUCCUUUCUGGACAUCGAGUCCUCCCACAAGGCCCACGCUCUCGUCCCUUCACUCUUCGAAGAAACAUUUACCCCGCCACCCCUCGAUCCAAAUAUUUCCGCAACGCCCCCUCUUCUUUGGACAUCAUCACACACCUGCAUUGUACCAAUGAUAAAUAGAAGCUUCGAUUGAUGCUGACUUUCGGUAUCUUUUAGGACAGCACACACUCCCUCAAGAAGUCUGCUACAGCUUUGAUGUCGAGCAAGCUUGGAAACCAGGCGGCCCCAAAGGUCAGCUUGUCCUCCUACUUGUCUUCCUUGUCCAUCACGGAAAGCCAAAGCAAGUACUUACCUCCGCAGAAGAUGAAGAUGAGCCACGACUCCCACACAUCCUCUGACGCGAUGGACAAGCUACUUGCGAAGCUCUCGGAGCAGAGUGCCACCAUCAACGAGCAACAAAAGGCCCUCAAAUCUUCCGAGGAUUCUACAGCGUACUCUCGAACUGUCGAAUACCUUUCUACUUCGAAUGCCCCACUGCCAAUCACGCCUGUCACUGAGGCCAACCAAAGCUCCACACCAAGUACUGCUCCUCCAAGUGCCAUUGGUGACGAUUCCUCUGCGGCCGGCGGCGAAGAAGUCAUUCGAUUGAAGCUUGAGCUUGAGGCUGCAAAGGCUCGCAUGGCUCGUAUGGACCAAGAACUUUCUCAAAGUCGAAUCACAAAGCACACUAUCGACCAAGCCAUCGGCACUGCCUCCGAAGUUGAUUUCGGCGUCAACGCUGAGCUCUCCGACCCUCGCUUGGCCCACAUUCAACAAGCAAUGAACUCAGGUAUGCGCCCCCAAAUCUCGCGUGAGGCAUCUUGGGUUGCUCAAGAUGAUUCUCGUUCCGACACAAGCGACGCAUUAUCUGCUGGUGGUUUCAAUCGUGCCCGCAACAUCUGGGGUAACGGAGGUAAGCCUGGUUAUCCUCAAGGUCCUGUACCAGCUUUUCAGUCCUCCGACUCUUCCAACCAGUGGAUGAAUCGUGGCUUUGGCGGCCAACCAUUUGUCGACCCACCAAUGCCAUAUUCUGGUCCCCCAAUGAGUGCGUUCCGCGCUGAUCGUUUAGCUCCUGACACUGAUCUACUCAUGGCUCCUCCUGCUGGUCGCCGUAAUCAAGGUCCUGGUCGCUUUGGUCGAGGCUCGUUCCCAUACGCCAGUAGCAGCAGUUCCUACGAUGGAUAUACACCUGCUUCAACACCAUAUGGUUCCGUCGGAGGUAUGGCUGGUGGAGUUGGCAUGAGCAGUGGUAUGAGUAUGGGAGGUGGUAGUAUGUAUGGUGGUUAUCAACCUCAGCCAAUUGGUACACCGCUCUCUCCACACGCCCCUGAAUUCACCUCCAGCACCGGUGGAUGGAAGAGCGAGGUAAGUCUGCAAGUCCAACAUGUUUGGGAAUCUCCUAACCAUAUUUAGGUCGUUGCUACCGAGGGUCAAACUUACUUGCCCACCACAGAGCCUCUCAACUAUCGUCGUCUCCUUGAUCGAACUGUCAACUGCAACUGGAAGUAUAUCGUUGAUAAGAUUGUAUGCAACAAUGAUCAACAGGCAUCAAUCUUCCUCCAACAGAAGCUCAAGGUCGGCACAACAGAGCAAAAGUACGACAUUGUCGAGGCAAUUGUCGCACAAGCCUAUCCCUUGAUGGUCAAUCGCUUUGGAAACUUCUUGGUUCAACGAUGCUUCGAGCAUGGAACUGCGGAGCAGGUUAUCAAGAUUGCCGAAGCCAUUAGAGGUAACACUUUGAACCUUUCCAUGGAUGCAUUUGGUUGCCACGUCGUUCAAAAGGCAUUUGACUCUGUCCCUGAGGACUACAAGGCAAUCAUGGUUCAUGAACUCCUUCGUCGCAUUCCGGAGACCGUUAUUCAUCGAUACGCUUGUCACGUUUGGCAAAAGCUCUUUGAGCUCCGAUGGACCGAAUCUCCCCCACAAAUCAUGAAGUAUGUCAACGAGGCUCUUCGUGGAAUGUGGCAUGAGGUUGCUCUUGGUGAGACUGGUAGUUUGGUUGUACAGAACAUCUUUGAGAAUUGUCUCGAGGAUGAUAAGGUAUUCAUCCCCCCCCCUGAAAAUCCCACUAUGGAAUUGACUAAUCACAAUUUAGCGUCCUUGUAUCGAAGAGGUCCUUGCCAGUAUUGAUAUCGUUGCCCAUGGUCAAUUCGGAAACUGGUGCAUCCAACACAUCUGCGAACACGGUGCUCCAGCUGACCGAAGCCGUGCCAUCGACCACGUCAUUCGUUAUGCCUCUGAGUACAGCAUGGAUCAGUUCGCCUCCAAGGUUGUUGAAAAAUGCCUCAAGAUUGGCGGUGUUGAUUUCCUAGGACGUUACCUUGACCGAGUAUGCGAAGGCCGUCUCGAUAGACCACGCAUUCCAUUGAUCGACAUUGCAAGUGAUCAAUAUGGCAACUACCUCAUCCAGUACAUUCUCACACAUUCCAACCCUCAACAUCGUGAGAUCGUUGCUCAGCACAUCCGAAAGCACAUGGUCUCUCUCCGUGGUUCCAAAUUUGGUUCUCGAGUUGGUAUGCUCUGCACUAAUCCUGCCAUCCAAACUCGUCCUGGUCCUGGAGUUGGCCCAGCCAUCGGUGCUCCCAAUCCCCGUCUUCCUCAACAGACCCCAAGAUAUGGUGGAGCUUAUCGCUAAGCAAUAUCAUUCGAUAUCCACCUCGUUGCUCUGACAUCUUACACUCACCUGUGUCUUGGCUUUGGCUCACUUCACGAUCUUAAGAUGACACAUGAUAUCGAAAGGGCUCCGUCUCUCUGUGUACUUUUGGUCUUUCAUAUCUAAGGAUGUCAUAAAUUGGCUGUUACAUCCUACGAAAGCCACGUUCAACAUUGUUUGUUUCCACUCUGUGUUCACACCAAAAGUCCAUAAUUGUCAAGCCAGGCUGCGAUAUUUCUUUCUUGUUUUCCAACAUUUUCUCCGACAACCUAAUUUACCAAUACUGGUCAUCCUACGCUGGGGAUGAUUCUUCAGUGCUUUGGACACAUCAUGGUUACGGUUUUGCGAUAGGUUGAAUCAUAGUAUGCUUAUCGCCGCCUUUGCUGGUGGCCGCUACUAUUUCACCUUGACUAUUUGGCAGAUCGCACUUUGCAUUGAUGUAUUUCUUUUCUCUCCGAGGGUGCUCUUCUUGUUAUCAUAUUGCGACUUUCUGCAAUUAGAAUUGGGAGGUGAUAUCUGCUUUGAUUCUGCGUUUUGGCCGCAGAUAUUACUGUGGUAAAGGUCCUGCUUCUGAUUUGUGGAAAGGUUGUGUCUUUUCUCGGUUUUUCUCGUUUGGCACUGUUUCACCCUUGUAUCCAAAUCAGGAGGCAAAAAAAAGGGAAAGGCUUUGUUAUCUAGUCAGUCGUUACA